UCAAUUCCUCGUCUCCUUUUUUGAGUCCCCCACCCCACCCUCUGCAACUUGCUCUUCCCGCUAAAAUACCGUACACUGUUUCACUUGUGUUCACUCCCAAGAAAGCAAGGGGACCGACGACCAACCAAGCCCGCCAUUGUCUCGUCGCAAUGGCGGCGUCGUCGUCCCCUCGCCGCCUUGGGUUCUUGGCCGCUCUCGUGUUCGCCGUCUCCGUCUCCGCCUCGGUCUCCUCUGUGUCCGGCGGAAGCGGGCCGAUCACCACCAAUGGCGGGAACUACACCAGGGUGUGCGACCCGGCGAGGUUCGCGGCGGCGGGGCUGGACAUGGCCGGGUUCCCGUACUGCGACGCGUCGCUGCCGUACGCGGACCGGGUGCGGGACCUCGUGGGGCGGAUGACGCUGGAGGAGAAGGUGGCCAACCUCGGCGACCGCGCGGGCGGCGCGCCGCGCGUGGGGCUGCCUCGGUACCUGUGGUGGGGGGAGGCGCUGCACGGCGUGUCCGACGUCGGCCCCGGCGGGACGUGGUUUGGCGACGCCGUGCCCGGCGCCACCAGCUUCCCGCUCGUCAUCAACAGCGCCGCGUCGUUCAACGAGACGCUGUGGCGCGCCAUCGGCGGCGUGGUGUCGACGGAGAUCAGGGCCAUGUACAACCUGGGCCACGCCGAGCUCACGUACUGGAGCCCCAACAUCAAUGUCGUCCGCGACCCGCGGUGGGGCCGCGCCAGCGAGACCCCCGGCGAGGACCCCUUCGUCGUCGGCCGGUACGCCGUCAACUUCGUCCGCGGAAUGCAGGACAUCGACGGCGCCACCACCGCCGCAUCCGCCGCCGCCGCCACCGACGCGUUCUCCAGGCCCAUCAAGGUGUCCAGCUGCUGCAAGCACUACGCCGCGUACGACGUCGACGCGUGGAACGGCACCGACCGGCUGACGUUCGACGCGCGCGUCCAGGAGCGCGACAUGGUGGAGACGUUCGAGCGGCCGUUCGAGAUGUGCAUCCGGGACGGCGACGCCAGCUGCGUGAUGUGCUCCUACAACCGCAUCAACGGCGUCCCGGCCUGCGCCGACGCGCGCCUCCUCACGGAGACCGUCCGCCGCGACUGGCAGCUCCACGGCUACAUCGUCUCCGACUGCGACUCCGUCCGCGUCAUGGUCAGGGACGCCAAGUGGCUCGGCUACACCGGCGUCGAGGCCACCGCCGCCGCCAUGAAGGCCGGCCUGGACCUCGACUGCGGCAUGUUCUGGGAGGGCGUCCACGACUUCUUCACCACCUACGGCGUCGACGCCGUCCGGCAGGGGAAGCUCAAGGAGUCCGCCGUGGACAACGCGCUGACCAACCUCUACCUCACACUCAUGAGGCUCGGCUUCUUCGACGGCAUCCCGGAGCUCGAGUCCCUCGGCGCCGCCGACGUCUGCACCGAGGAGCACAAGGAGCUCGCCGCCGACGCCGCCAGGCAGGGGAUGGUGCUCCUCAAGAACGACGCCGCGCUGCUCCCGUUGUCGCCGGAGAAGGUCAAUUCGGUGGCACUGUUCGGGCAGCUGCAACACAUCAAUGCCACCGACGUCAUGCUUGGAGACUACAGAGGUAAGCCUUGCAGGGUGGUGACGCCGUACGACGGCGUACGGAAGGUGGUCAGCUCGACGUCGGUGCACGCAUGCGACAAGGGAUCGUGCGACACGGCGGCCGCGGCGGCGAAGACGGUGGACGCGACCAUCGUCGUCGCCGGCCUGAACAUGAGCGUGGAGAGGGAGAGCAACGACAGGGAAGACCUCCUCCUGCCGUGGAGCCAGGCCAGCUGGAUCAACGCCGUCGCCGAGGCCUCGCCGUCGCCGAUCGUCCUGGUGAUCAUGUCCGCCGGCGGCGUCGACGUCUCCUUCGCCCAGGACAACCCCAAGAUCGGCGCCGUCGUCUGGGCCGGCUACCCCGGCGAGGAAGGCGGCACGGCCAUCGCCGACGUGCUCUUCGGAAAAUACAAUCCAGGAGGAAGAUUGCCGCUGACGUGGUACAAGAACGAGUACGUGAGCAAGAUCCCGAUGACGUCCAUGGCGCUGCGGCCGGACGCCGAGCACGGCUACCCCGGCCGGACCUACAAGUUCUACGGCGGCGCCGACGUGCUCUACCCGUUCGGCCACGGCCUCAGCUACACCAACUUCACCUACGCGUCGGCCACCGCCGCCGCCCCGGUCACGGUCAAGGUCGGCGCGUGGGAGUACUGCAAGCAGCUCACCUACAAGGCCGGGGUGUCCUCGCCGCCGGCGUGCCCGGCCGUGAACGUGGCCAGCCACGCGUGCCAGGAGGAGGUCAGCUUCGCCGUCACGGUGGCCAACACGGGCGGCAGGGACGGCACCCACGUCGUGCCGAUGUACACGGCGCCGCCGGCGGAGGUGGACGGCGCGCCGCGGAAGCAGCUGGUGGCGUUCCGGCGGGUGCGGGUGGCCGCGGGCGCCGCCGUCGAGGUGGCCUUCGCGCUCAACGUGUGCAAGGCGUUCGCGAUCGUCGAGGAGACGGCGUACACCGUCGUGCCGUCGGGAGUCAGCAGGGUCCUCGUCGGAGACGACGCGCUGUCGCUGUCCUUCCCUGUUCAGAUCGACCUGCAGGCGGCAGCAUAGCAGCAUAGGUUCUCUGCAAUUCUUGGAGUUCGUUGGAUUCUUUUGCUGGGGUGGUAAAAGGUAAAAAAAAAAUCGAAGCAAGUGUAAUUAGUUUACACCACGCUAUAGAUGAAACUUUUACAAAGCACAUUGCAUCAUUGGGAAUUAAUUGGAACAGGAAUUUUCAUUUUUAGUUUUGCUCAAUGUAUUACUGUGAUGGCAUGUUAUUCAGCAAUGUUACACUUUUUUUUUCAAUAAUGGAAAUCAAUCAUUAGCAGUGUUA